AUGCCCGCUAGCGAGCAUGCUGAGAACGAGGUAAGCAAGACUACGACGGACAAUACGCUGACAGCAAACCCAGCCUUGGCUAACCUGCUCCAAACAACAGGCACAGCAACCCUCCAUCCCAUCUUCGCACGCUCAAACUUCACCGGCCUCUCCGAUGCAAAUUACCAGCGUAUCUCGCCAGCAUUGCUACUAGCCAGCAACAUCAUCUCAAGCCCACGCGCAACACUAUGGUAUCAUACCUACCUUUUCGGCCCCCAGACACCCAUCACAGACCUGCGCGGUAGACCACGCAACGUCGUCCACAAGAUCUACCAGACUUACGAUGACAUGCCAAAGGUAGGCUGGCUCUCGAGUCAGACGACUGAAAUGUACAUCUCCGCGAUGGUCAGUAGAACGGUGAAGUUCUCCUUCCUUGAUACUGUGUUGGGGCAGAGCCAUAUCAUGCUCAACAAGCAGAAGCUGUUGGAUACGAUCUUGUCUCCAGGAAGGGAUCAACCAUACCACGCUGCACUUGGUCGAUAUAUGGUUCUUGCCUCGACGCUGGUCCACGAGAUCGCUCAUGCUGUAGGUCACACCCGUUUCGGACCAGGCGCGGAGAUGCUCUUUGAAGACGAUGUCUAUUGCGAAGCUGGUUUCGCAUUCGAAUCCUUCGUCUUGGGUGGUAAGCUCAAUUACUUGCAUAUGAGAGCUAAUCAUGAUCCCGUAGCGUCGGUGUUAGACUUUUUGCAGAUACAGACAGCUGUUUGGCAGAAGGUGACAGACGUGUACAGUAUGGUAAGUGCCGAUCAUAUGCCCAUGCGAGGUAAAGCACCGGAGGUGCCGGAGGAGUAUGUGAUGUCCAAGCAGACGAUUGAAAAGUUCUUCGAUCAGGCAUUCUGGGAUGGCGAAGUGCCGAAGAUCAAGGCUGGGUGUAUGAAGCAUGAUAGUGACGGUCUUCGGUUUCUUGUCGGGAAUGUGACCCUACGUGCAGAAGAGAUCUUAUGGGAAUACAGCUUCGAUUUGUUACGACGCGGGAGGUGUCGAAUAGCAAGUCCGUUCCUGGAUCUUGGCUCGCGAAAGGCGAGUCCACACUCAGCACUUUGUACGAUAUGA